ACCUCCCGAAAACCCUAACCUAAUUCAUUUCCACACCACACCACACCACACCCGACCCCAGGCUCCCAUGGAGGCGGCAUCUGAGGCCGGUGGCAGCUUGCCGGUCCCGCUUGCCUCCUCGCUAUCCUACGCGUGGCGGACGGCACGACGGUUGAUAUGGUUGCCGGGCGGAGGCAAGGGCGGCGAGGACCCCGAAGGAGGUCGGGGUGGCUCGCCGGCCUGCAGCACGCGGUGACAGGUCUCGCAAUAACCCGUCAUGCUGUAUUGCAAGGUCAUGGUGCCUUCUCCACUUUCUCCUCCUCCUCGUCUCCUCCUGUUUCCUCCGCUUCGCCGAUUCGAGCCUCCUCCUGCUACUCCACAGCCUCCGACCUGCGCUCAGUCCGUCCGCCGGCGCCGAUUGAAGCCUCCGCCUGCAGAUUGACGCCUCUGACCUCUGCAGCUUUGCGAUCCCCCCACCCCAUCCAUUCGUGGCUGUUUCCUCUGAUGCACUUUCAGGUUGAGGUUCCCCUGGUGUUCCUCAAGGAGCUGCACAGGCCAGAGGAAGAGAGGCCCCCCCGAGGAAGAGCUGCAGUGCCACCAAUGCGCCCUAUUUGUCUUCAUGUGCCCCACUAUGGCGUGCUUGCCCAAGACCAGCAAGAAGCGGCAGUGAGAGCGGCGGUGCCGAGGCCUGCGUAGUAGGUGCAGGGGCGGCGUCGACCAGGCAGUGAGGAGAGAAAGGGGAGGGGAGGAGUGGACUGAAAAGUAGAAGACGAUAGAAAUUGGAAGGGUUAUUUUUAUAUUUGCACCAAGGUGGCAUGCCACAUCAGCAUCAAACGUUUGCAUGGCACAUGUGGAACCUGCAAUGGACCUCUUUGUACAGUUUGGGGACCUAAAUAGACGAUUUGAGAGUUCAUGGAUCUAGAUGGAACUGCGGGACAAGUUUGGAAACUUAGAGUGUAAUUACUAAUUUAUUUGUUCAUGAUCACCCAUAAGUAUGUGCAAACUUCCAAAAAAAAAGGAGGGAGAGAGAUUUCAAACGUUCGGCCACUGGGCCUACAUAGUCGGCCCAUAUAAAAUGAUCACAAGCCUCCUCAGUCCUCCCUAUCUAGGCCUGCCCAAAAGCCCGAUAGCACAUCCGACUCAGAGAGCCAAUACCUCAGAAGGGCCCACCCGUCCGCGCCAUCCUGGCUUAAGUUUCGAAAAAGAAAGGAAAUCCCCCCAAAUCCUCCUCCCCACCGCCGCCGCCGCCGCCGCGAUGGGAGGGGAGAUGGAGCGAUGCAUCUCGUCCCUGUGCGCCUCCCUCUCCACGGUGCUCGACCACGCCGACUCCUCGUCCCGCGAGCUCGCCGACGCCGUCUCCCGCCGCCCCAUCCACCUCGAGUCGGCGACGACCGCGUUCCUGCAGAAGCUGCACCGGCUGGAGGGGGCGGCGGGCGCGGACCUGCAGCACCUCGAGUCCAUGGUCUUCGGCGCCGUCUCCUUAGAGGAGCUCCUGGGCCACUGCGGCGAGGCGCUCGACGUCUACGCGCGCCACGCCGACGCCAUCGAGUCCCGCCUCGCCUCCUUCGGCUACGAGCCCCCCGGUAUUUCUUACCUACUUGGAUGCUUUUGUGCUGUUUUGUUGCAUCAGGAAUUGCAGGAGGGAAUAUGCAAAUUAAAUUCAUACUUUGGCAGCAACAAUGCGUUGAAUCAAGAUGAUACUGGAGCAAUAGGGCUUGGGCGCAAAGGAAGAGCCUGCCUGCUAAUGCUGCUGCGGAUGAAUCAAUUAACUAUGGAGACAGUUGAUGGGUCUACCUGUUACACCGUCCGCAAGAUGAAUCAGUAGGCAAUUUCAGAGUUCUGUGGGAAGCGGAAGGGGGGUGACUCCAGGCACGGAAACCUGGUGGAAACAAGAUGCUUCAUAUCUGUACAAUUGAUAGCCUGUUACUAUUAUGUGUUGUGAUGUUCUUUUUGUGUGUUGCAAUGUAGCUAGUCUGGUUAAAAUCUUUUGUUGUAUUAAUGUAUACUGAAACUCAGUUGCAAAGGCGAAUUUGAUUACCCGAGCAGAAGGCUCUUCUGCUCAUGUUAUGUUCA